AUGGACUGCUAUACAGAAGAUUGCUUGCCAGGAUAUUACACAGAUACAUGUAGUCAAUAUAAUGAUGCAUACUGUAACGAACAUGGCUCUCUUGAAUACGGCAGAGAAUCAGAUGGCCUCGGAUGCACUUGUAAUAGUUUCUCUGAUAAUAUCUUCUGUGAAGAUACAUCCCAAUAUGUAUUUCCAGAAGGAAAGAGAGGUGUUGUUUAUACAUCUUAUUAUAAUGAUUCGACAACAGAUUCUUAUCAAGUUUAUGAAGAUUUCUCGAUGAAAGAAUUCUCAGAAUCCUAUUCAACAAUAGAACUAAAUUCAAUUCUCUAUGUUCCUCAAAAUACAGAUCUACAAUUCCAGCUCAAAUCUAUUCCAAAAGCAGAACUAUAUAUCGAUGGUAAUCUUGUUGUUGGAUCACUUGAUGACAGAUUUGAUUGCGAAGAAAAAGGUGAAUCAGUUGUGACAACACCUAGGCAGUAUUUCACAAGAGGAAAUCACUAUAUUAAAAUUAAAUUACUUCCUGGAUGCGCUAUGUAUAAUCAAUGUAUUAGCUUGAAAUGGAAAUUCUAUAGAUGGUAUAGAAAUAAUCCUUCAGAUUUUGAAGAUAUACCGGCUAGAUAUCUAGGAUUUAACUAA